AUGUCAGUACUUCAAGAGUUGAGUGGAAUAACGAGAAAGUACGACACAAGCGUUAUAGACCACUUUGAAAACCCAAGAAAUGUAGGCUCUCUUGACAAAUCGGAUCCUCGGGUUGGAACGGGGAUAGUUGGUGCACCGGCCUGUGGAGAUGUGAUGAAACUCCAGAUCAAGGUUGGGAAAGAUAAUGUAAUUGAAGAAGCAAAAUUCAAAACUUUUGGAUGUGGAUCUGCAAUAGCCUCUUCGAGUUUGGCAACAGAAUGGAUCAAGAAGAAGACCCUAGACGAAUCACUAAAGAUAUCCAAUAGAGACAUAGCCAAAAAGCUCUCCUUGCCUCCCAUUAAGCUCCACUGUUCGAUGCUGGCCGAAGAUGCCAUCAAGUUGGCAAUCAAGGACUUCCUUGAUAAGAACAAACCAGGCACAAAAUAG